AUGCAAACAAUCAAGUGUGUUGUAGUAGGUGAUGGUGCUGUCGGAAAGGUUUUUGAUAACUAUGCCGUCACAGUGAUGAUUGGUGAGGAACCUUAUACAUUAGGUUUAUUUGACACAGCUGGUCAAGAGGAUUACGACCGACUUCGCCCGCUUUCUUACCCUCAGACAGACGUCUUUCUUGUCUGUUUCUCCGUAACAUCCCCUGCGUCCUUUGAAAACGUCAAAGAGAAAUGGUUUCCAGAAGUUCAUCACCAUUGUCCCGGCGUUCCCUGUCUCAUUGUCGGUACGCAGAUAGAUUUACGGGAUGAUCCAACAGUAGUCGAGAAACUCCAAAGACAAAAAAUGAGACCAGUCACUCCCGAACAAGGAGAAAGAUUAGCAAAAGAAUUGGGUGCAGUAAAGUACGUCGAGUGCUCCGCUCUGACACAGAAAGGUUUGAAGAAUGUGUUUGAUGAAGCCAUUGUUGCUGCUCUGGAUCCUCCGGUGAUUAAGCAGAAGCGCCGAUGUUUAGUAUUGUAG